AUGAGAAGAUACAGCCAAUCAUCACCAUUGCGAGGAAAUAGCUUUCUUUAUGUUGUCACCGCGUUUGCAGCUCUUGGACAAUUUCUCUUUGGAUACGAUCAAGGAGUGAUGUCCGCUAUUCUCGUAAACCAGCGAUGGCUAGAAUUAUUCCAUUAUCCGGAUGCGACAAUGAAGGGCUUCAUUGUUGCCAUUUUUGAGCUAGGAGCAUUGGCAACCUCUAUAAUUGCUGGUUGGGUCAUUGAUUAUCUUGGACGUGUAGCUGCCAUCCGUAUCGGUGGUGCAAUAUUCAUUGUGGGUGGUACACUCCAAACGGCGUCCAACAACACUGUGAUGCUACUUUUGGGUCGUCUCAUUGCUGGUUUUGGUGUUGGCUUCUUUAGCACUGUCAUCCCUAUGUAUGUUGCAGAGCUAGGCCGUACCACCAAUCGUGGAAGAGUCUCAGUAUUCAGCACCAGCAUCAUUCUUAUAGGCUUGGCAUCAUCAGAUUACAUCGAUCUCGGGUUUUCAUGGGUGGAAAGUCAUUGGUCAUGGCGAGGCCCAUUGUUGAUGCAACCAUUGUUUGCAGCCAUUCUUGUGGUUGGCACUUUUUUCCUCCCUGAAUCACCACGAUACCUCAUCAUGAAAGAACAAAAUGACAAGGCAUUCAAUGUGCUAUCUAUCAUACAUGAUAAACCUUGCGAACAUCCUGAUGUCUUGAAUGAUUACAACCGAAUUCUACAUGCAGUGCAAUACGAAACAUCCCUUGGCAAGUCGAGUUGGCGAGAACUUUUUACCACAUACAAGCGACGUUCAGCUUUAGUUAUCAUUGUGCAAACUUGUGUUCAGCUUCAAGGAAUCAACGUCAUACCAUACUAUGCACCAAUAAUCUAUGAAUCAGUUUUCGGUCCUGGUAAGCUGGCGCUGGUAAUGAAUGGCGUCAGUGCUACCUUUUUCAUAUUUGGAGCGUGGACGUGCAUGUUUUUGGUCGACCGUGUUGGUCGACGACCAUUGUUUUUACAUACAAGCCUUCACCUAGUGGUCUGGUUUGCAAUCAUGGCGGUGUUUACUAGUGGUGUCGUCGAAGCCCAUAUAUCCCAAAUCAUGGUCAUAAUUUGUGGGGUGGUGUUUAUGUAUAUUUUUGGCCUUGCAUGGGCACCGGUGUCAUGGCUUUACGUAUCUGAGAUCUACCCCUUGCGUGCUAGAGCACGAGGCAUGGCAUUGGCUUCGCUGACACAAUGGGCUUGGAACUUUGCGGUGGGGUUGUGGACCCCGCCACUCCUUGAAGGCAUCGGCUACCUUACAUACAUUUUCUACGCGGUCAUAUGUUUCCUCACUUUUGUUAUCAUGUAUUAUAUGUGUGUCGAGACCAAUGGAAAAUCUCUAGAAGAAAUCGAUGUUCUUUUUGGUGAAGUAAGCCAUGCAGAGCAAUACGCUGACUCCGAUGGUAUAUCGGAUAACAAAGAACCCGUAUAA